UCUCUCUUAAAAGAUCAAGAAACAAUGUUUGUGAAGAAAGAAGAACAAACAGAAGAUGGGUAUGGAGGAGGUGAAUUAGGGUUUUCUUCGUCAAAGUCAGCACCAACUCCAUUUCUGAGGAAAACCUUCCAAAUGGUGGAGGAACCAGGAACAGAUGAAGUUAUCUCAUGGAGUGAUUCUCGUACUAGCUUCAUUAUUUGGGAUCCUUUUAGUUUCUCUACUAAUCUUCUACCGAGAUAUUUCAAGCACAAUAACUUCUCAUCCUUCAUUCGUCAACUAAAUACUUAUGGUUUCAAGAAGAUUGAUUCAGAUAGAUGGGAAUUUGCAAAUGAAGGAUUUCAAGGAGGGAAGAAACAUUUACUGAAAAACAUCAAGAGGAAGAAGGUUUCAUCACAUUCACAAACUCAAACUGGGAAUUCAUCCACUGAGUUGGAUUAUCUGAAGAAGGAUCAAACUGAAUUGAGAAUGGAAGUGUUGAAAUUGAAACAACAGAAGGAAAUGAGUGAUACAGAUAUGAUGAACAUGGAAGAGAGAAUUGACAAUUGUGAGUAUAAACAACAGCAGAUGUUUUUGUUCAUGGCGAAAGCAUUUGCUAGUCCAGUCUUUCUUAGCCAAGUAGUUCAUAGCCUUAAAAAGAGAAGAUUGAUGAACAUGAACUUGAACAAGAAGAAACCUAGAUUGAUGAUUAAUGAACAAGAGGUGAAAACACUAUCUUACUAUGAUGAAUCAAUGGAUGGAGGAAAUGGUGGUGGUGGUGAUGGUGAUGGAAGUAGUCCAGUUACAGAAGAUGAUAAGAACAUUAAUGAAACAGAAACAGAAACCAAUUUCAAUUACAUCAUGUGGGAGAAGCUACUUGAAGAUGAUAUGAUCACUUGCGAAAAUAACAACAACAAUAAUAAUCAUAUUCUUCGUGAAUUGGAGGAUUUGAUUACUGAACCCAAAUAAGUCUUAAUAUGUAAAUAGUUUGUAUCCAAGUUAAUCUUUUAUGCACUUCCCUUUUCAGUUUUC